AUGUCGCCGUCACCGUUUUCAUCACUGCACAAGGACAUGGCAUCGGAAAUCUUAGCCCGCGUGCCGAAACGCCUAUACCCGAUCCUCGCUUGCUUCUCCAAGAACCUACGCUCUCUUGUUCGCUCCCCGGACAUUCACAAGAUUCGCUCUCUCCUCCGCAAAGACUCUCUCUACAUCUGCUUCAUGCACAAAUCAGGCGGCGUCCACACCCCACACUGGUUCACUCUCCGCAGAACCGAGAACAAGCCACCGAGUGAGAAGAACCACUUCGUCUCCGUCGUCGUCAAUCUCGCGUUUCCUGAUCCUAACGAGCACAUGCCUUCCAUCAUCGCUUGCGGUCCGGAGAUUUUCUUUAUCUCGGGAUCAUUGGUUCCCUCGUCGACCGUGUGGAUCUUUGACUCUCGAACCGGCGUGUCUCGACAAGGACCGAGCAUGAACGAGGAACGCUUGUUCAAGAGCGUGGGGUUGGUGGGGAGUAAGAUAUACGUGGUCGAAGGCUAUGUAGACGAUGAGAUACAUCAAGCUGAGUCAUUCGACGUGAAGAACGAAUCUUGGGAGCACGCGCCGCGUCCUGAGCUAGAAUCGUCGUUUCUCGCGACUGCUAACGUGUCGUUAGACAGGAAGGUUUGCGCGUUAAUGUCUGUUGCGGAGAUCACUGUUUGCUACGAUACUAGAGAUGGCUCUUGUGAGGUUUUUGGGUUGCCAAAAGAUAAGUGGUGGAGAACGGGCGUGUGUGUGAUCGACAAUGUGCUCUACGUUUACUACGCUAGGUUCGGGUUGAUGUGGUAUGACACCGAGCUGAAGCUGUGGAGAGUGGUGACUGGUUUGGAUGAUCUCAAGAAGGUUCGGUCUGUUGCGAUGGCGGAGUACUAUGGAAAGAUGGCGUUUUUGUGGAGAGAUUUUGCGGUUGUUGGUGGUGUGAUGAAGGAGGUCUGGUGUAGGAUGAUUGCGUUGGAUAGGAGCGAAGAAGGGAUCAAUGGGACAGCAGAAUCGGGUCAGCUUAUGGGGAGUGUACCUCGUGGCUAUAGGUUGCAGCAUUGUCUAUCAGUUUCAGAGUAA